GGAGGAGGGGUUCUCUCAGUCUUCUCUGGCUGUCUGUCUUGGAGCUGUGUGGAUAUUUUUCCUCCUAAGAAUCAUGAAGGUUUUGUGCAUCCUUGCUGUGCUUUUCCUGAUCUCUACCAAACAUAAAAGUUUUGAGCUUUCUCAUCCCAAACCGGCCUGUCGUUACCCUCCGUCUCAGUGGUGUCGGUCUCUGGAGAUCGCCAUAGAAUGCAAGGUCCAGAAGCAAUGCAUGGAGCUCGGUGCCAUUAAGCCAAACCAGACGGUUCCUCGUGUCGCUCUCACACUAUACUAUGAGAGCCUGUGUCCAGACUGCAGACGCUUCAUCACCAAGCAGCUGUUCCCCACCUGGACAAUGCUGCAGGACAUCAUGUCCCUCACGCUGGUUCCUUAUGGGAAUGCCAAGGAGGUUUUAUCUGUAAACAGUCCCUUCAGCUGUCAACAUGGAGAGCCUGAGUGCAGAGGAAACAUGAUUCAGGCCUGCAUCAUCCAUUUGACUGGAACCUCACUGGCAUUUCAAGUCAUCUACUGCAUGGAGUCUGCUGCAAAUGUCCUGAAUGCUGCAGAGCCAUGUCUCCAGCUGUACGCUCCCUCUGUAUCCUGGGCCGCUGUUGACGCAUGCGUGACUGGACGUCUGGGUUACAAGCUGAUGCAUGGUUACGCCGUCAUGACCAGAGCUCUGAACCCGGCUCACACACACGUUCCUUGGGUCACGAUUGAUGGGGAGUACACAAAAGAAAUUGAAGCAAAGACAUCUUCACUGUUUCACCUGAUCUGUGAUCGCUAUAAGGGAGUGAAGCCCCCAGUCUGCACCGGCGCCCCGGUUAAACUGAGCAGAAGCGGCUGCUUAACAGAAUGAAUUCACUCAAAUGUGUCUGCUAUGACUAAAGGCUAAUUAAAAAAUGUCAAUGGA